AUGAGAGACAAGCUAAGCUUCCUCCAGACGAAUGUCAACCACUCCACCGGGGCUCUGAACCUGCUACUGCAGUCCAUGGCACAGUGGCAAAUCGACCUGGCUGUGGCCUGCGAGCCCUCUUUCAUUUCUUCCCUACCUCACUGGGUAGGGGAUUUGGAUGGCACCGUGGCGAUCCUCAUUCGGAGCGGAACGGGAGCCCCUCUCAAUAAGCAGUCACCGAAACCGACAGUGGUUCUCGGUGACUUUAACGCAAAAUCACGUGCCUGGGGAAUCCCUGCCACGAAUCCGCAAGGGAGGGCCGUCCAGGUGUGGGCACUACUCUCCAGCCUGUCUCUACUUAACAAGGGGCAGGUGCGCACCUGCGUGCGGCAGCAGGGAGGGUCCGUGGUGGACAUAUCGUUCGCCACCCCUGUCGCAGCACGCAGAGCCUGCGGGACCCCGGAGGGUGCCAACCACGCUCCCGAGGUGGUUUCUUGGCCAGCUAAAUCGUGA